AGAGCAGCGUGCUCCACUGCUCCAUUUCCACGGAAGUGCAGUGCGCAUAGCAUCAGGGAUCGUGAAGGAAUGGAAGCGCUAAAGAAAAGUCGAGGUGGGAAUGUUCCGCCAGUCUUGUGAGGGGGGCGGCCACAUGUAGCGUCAUUUUUGGCUAAUGCUUUUGAAAAUCCUUUUUUUUUUCUUUCUCCCCAGUAACGAACGAAAAGGAUAUCUAGAAACGUAUUGAAUAAGAGAUAGAGCUUAUAGGAGACGGCGAGCAGCAGAACCACACUCAUCCUUGAUCCUUCCGUUUUGGUUUAAAUUAUAGGCAAAUUAAAUUGCUUCUUCACGGACAAGAUCCUAAGGCUACAUGACAGAACAAACCAAACGAUACUGUAUCGAUAUGUGUCGGUGGACAAUGAAUAUAAACGAAGAAUUCUGCAUCAAAGUGUUCCGAUAGGGUGCUGGACCGAGUCGCACCAUGAAGACCCAGAAGGCCGGGGCCCCCGGGGACCCAACGCCAAGCUCUCCUUCCCCACGCCAACGGAUGUCUGGUUUCAGCCUGCGGGGCCGGAAGAAGAAGGAGGGCCUGAUCCAAGGCAAGCUGCGCAUCCGCUCCAUGCCAGGAGCCUUCCUAGUGCUGGGGGUCAUCGUGGUGGUGGUGGGCACAGCUCUGGCAGUGGCUGGGUACUGGCCCUACCGGACCCACCGAUCAUCACAGCUCCUUGGACUUGGACAACAAGGCUCUGGUUCUGUGGACAGAGCAGCAGGAGGUAGAGGUAAGGGUGUCUCUGAGCCCCAGUCAUCCGGUUGGAGCCUGGGGGCUAAGAGCCUCCUGACAACGGCCAGUCUGAUCCACAGUGAGCGGAUGAAGCUCCUGGGACCAGUCAUCAUGGGCGUGGGGCUGUUCAUCGUCAUCUGUGCCAACACGGUGCUGUACGAGAACCGCGACAGGGAGACCCAGAUGCUGCUGGCCCAGAUGCAGAGCGUCAUCUGUUCGGUGUCGGCGGCCGUGCCCUCGGCCGACCUCUCAGACAUGGCAGCAGCCAACGCUAUGGCCAGACACUACCAGUGGGUGAGCAGUCUGCCUGCCACCCACCUUAACAUCCUCUGUCUGCAGCAGCUGGCCAGCUCAGAGCCCCUGCUGCAGACAACCAGAGGCAGCAGGGAGGAGGAGGAGAGGGCUGACUAUAUGUACCAGCAGGCCACCGUACAGACGGAGGCUCUACACCACCAGGAGUCAGCCUCCACCCCUUCCCUCCACUCCUCCCAUUCCAACUCCUGCAACUCCAGCAAGACGGACUUCAACACGCGGUGGGGCAGUGGUGGUGGUGGUGAGCCAGGCGUAGGGGGCUCCUGCCCAGACCCUCAGCCCGCUCACCUCUUUAAGCUCAACAACUGUCUGGUGUCAGCCAGCUCCAUGUCCACUCUGGGAGGGGACGACUGGUCGGAGGUCACAGCCAUGCUGCCCAGGCGCUCCUACAGUCUUAGCUACAGGACUAACCCAGGCCCCCACGGGCCCCAGACUGUAAUACGUCUACAGGAAGGGGCCAUGCGACCCGGGGGACCUGGGGCGGACCCACAGAUAGUGCAGUCCAAGCCCACGCGGAGGGAGCGCAGCUUGGACGUGUGUGUGAACAUGGUUGGAUGUGUGGAGACCCCGGAGCUCACUCCUGUACAGGAGCAGAAGCACCGCAGCUGGCCCCGGUUAGACCUGGGCUGUGCCCGCAGGUACCUGAAGCUGGACAAUAAGGAGGACUCGGUGGACAGACUGCUAGACCAGUUGGAGCAGCAGUGUUCUCAGUGGGAUAAGAGUUUCGGCUCAGGGCCUUUCCAGUGAGACCCAGUAAGGGCCCCGUAUCUCAAUAAGGCCUCAUAUCAGGGUCCUCUGUUUUUUAAAAGCAGCUUAUAAAGAAAGAUCCUCAUGGAUGCUGAUAUAUCCACUACCAGGAGUAGGAGCUUUUCCCGUUGGAUUAUAAUUGUGCACUGUUUUCACUGACUCCUGAAACUGAGAAAGGAGGCUAUAACAGAAACCCUUCUAAGUACGACACUGAAUUCCUCUCUACAGUGUCGAGCAGCUUCCAAUCUGAAGAUACAAACCUUUAGAAACCUUGUUUCUCGGACUUCCCAUAGAUAUAUAAAUAUGGAUAUAUAUGUGGAUAUAUAAACACAAGUGUUGGAGGACUGCAGACGAAUUGGAUCAGUUUGGCAGACAUUCUGUUUUAAGAGGGGAACAAUACUCCAUACUGUCAAAGAUGAGUUGGAGACAUUCCCCAGUCUGUUUACUGGGUGGCAGUUAGGCUUGGCACUUGGCAACACUGAAGGAAUCAAUUUGUCUUUCAUUGCCAAAGCAUUGCUUGUUUCCAGGACAUAGCAAGCACAUCCGAAUGUGGGAGGUGGAAACCCAUUCUAAUGAGGGACUGUCUUCACUGUGUAAUCUAUUUAAAAACCAAACUACUGGAAUCUGGCGGGGAGCCCCAGAUGUGCUUCUGAUAACAGCUAGUAAAAUAAAACACGUGUCACAGAGACCAAAACAAGUGCAUGAUGAUAGAGAUGUCAUGUGUGAUCUAUACCUACAUAGUUCUGCAGAAUAAUGCUUUAAUUGGCUGUAGAUCAGAUAAACACAUAGUUAAUGAUAGGUUGGUAACACUUUAUUUGAAGGUUACCUACAUAAAGACUUCAUUACACAUUCAUAAACAGUACAUAAGCAUUGAUUAAGUAUUAUGUAGUGCUUGUUAAUGGGUUAUGUAGGGCUUAUGAAUGGGUUAUGUAGGGCUUAUGAAUGGGUAAUAAAUCUCUUCAAGUACUAUGUGUCCGUUUGCUGUCCUUCUCCUGGUUAUUACCAAGGCUGUGUCCCAAAUUACACCCUAUUCCCUAUAUAGUGCACUGCUUUUGACCUGCACUCAUAGGGCUCUGGUCAAAACUAGUGGUCUGUAUAGGGCAGGGCUCUCCAA